AACCAACCCCCCCCCCCUACAUCACCGUUAUGGCUUGUGCCCCGCGCAUGUUUGGAUUUGCAGCCGCAGCAGCAUAAUCCUCCGCUGAAGGGAGUUGCGGACGCAGCAGCCCGGAGACAGUGAGAGACAGUGAGAGACAGUGAGAGACAGGGUGAGAGAGAGACCCAGCGGACAGCAGCAGCGGAGGGAGGGAAGCAGCAGGGAGGAGCAGCAACAGCAGCAGCGGCGGCAGAGUGAUCCACCUGUCACAGAGUGAAAGGGGCCCCCCGCCUGAUCCGUCUGCCUGCAGGGGGGACCCCGCGUGGCCGGGCAGCACCAGGGACUAUGCAGCUGGGACUGGUGGCUCUGGUGAUGGUCUUUCUUGGAUCCAUGGGUCACAGCGACAGCGGCCUCAAGCUCUCCAAGGGACGGAGGCAGAGACGGAGUGAGUUACCAAAUCCCUUCCUCUCUUUCACUCUCUCUUUCUCUGGUUUCCAUGCAGUACAUUUCUUAUAAACACAACGGCCGCAGUAAAGAUGACAUGUUGUUUAUUUUUCUUCAUCCUCAUUAUUUGGUUUGCCAAGAUGGAUUAUGGUAGCUUCACAGUUUCCUUUGAAUGACCCUCUUUUCUUCCUCUUUUUAUGAUUACGCCUCUCUGGGUUUAUGUUGAGCUUUUAUGGGUAUUAAGAAUGUUUAUAGUCGGGUUUUAGGCGGAUUCACCCUGGGUUUACGGCUAGAGCUUCAUCACCACAGUUCUCUCCAUGCUUGCCUCUGAGGUACUGAGUGGAACAACUCUCUGACACUUCAGCUCAUGGUUGUUGUUGCAUUGUUUGGUUUUCAAGCAGUUUUAUAAACACUUUUCUGACCUCAUGCACCCACAAAGACAGAGCUUACUCUCAGCCUCAGUGUCUGCCCUCAGAGCGGGGUGAAUCUCAGGGCAAGGCGUUAUCACUGGUUUUAAUAUAAUGCCUUUUCCCUCAGAAGAGCUUUUAGAGGAUACCAGCCUUUGCCCCCCUACACCCCCACCUCAGAAAACAUCCAAGCAGUCAGGAGAGGUCAGAAUUUUAUUGAGCUUGGCUUUGGUAAAUAGAGGUUGGCUUCGGCAUGGCAAUAGAUGUCCAGAGGAAAGGCUACAGGCUUAUCAGAUGGGUCUUGUUUGAAUUUUAGUAUGUAUUUUCAUUACACAAUAAAUACAUAUUUCUGAUGAGCAAAGUGUGUUUUACUAUACCGUAAAAGACGAGUUGGCAAUGACCUAUGACUCGUGUCAAUUAUCAUGUAAUAGCUUUAUCCCAGGUGAACAGUGUUCCCCCUGAAUUUUGAAGCGAUUUUUCAAGUUUCUUUUGUGGGUUAUGUACAAUAUACUAGAGCGCCCUCAAUAGAGACUGAGGCACAAAGUGAGAUUUACAUGGCAUGGAACCUUCAGUUGGUUUAACCCACAGACUAUGUUACCCACUGCUGUUGGCUGGCAGUGAGUGGGGGGUAGAUAAUCAUGUUGUUGAAGUGUAGGAUUUAGUGUAAUUCAUCUUGUAGGAGUUAGGCUCAGGGAAACAGGUGCUCAAACUUUGCCAUGCGCAACAGCCUUUAUAUGUUAGGACCGAAGCUGUUUAUAGACUAGAAAUGAUAAAUUGUCAUAUCUGCAUUGAAUUUACAGAACAUAUUUUCAUCACAUCAUCUCUGUAUGUUUUGUGCCAGUCUUUCCUGGUUGACAACAUCUCAUCCAGAGGAGUAAUAUUGCCUCUCCCGCUCUACUACAUUACCUCCAUCAGCAGGGUCAAAAACUGUCCCAACAUACAUGGCAUUCCAUUCCCAGACAACACUGUCACAACCGAAAACACUUUACACCCCCUCAACUUUGGUUAGCUAUUACAUGGUGUGAUUUACUUGUAUCAUUAUUAAAGUGUUAAGAGUCUGGCUGUAUAACAGCUACAGUGGCUUGCGAAAGUAUUCACCCCUCUUAGUCCUAUUUUGUUGCCGCACAACCUGGAAUUAAAAUGGAUUUUUUGGGGGGUUUGUAUCAUUUAAUUUACACAACAUGCCUACCACUUUGAAGAUGCACAUUUUUUUAUUGUGAAACAAACAAGAAAUAAGACAAAAAAAACAGAACUUGAGCGUGCAUAACUAUUCACCCCCCCAAUGUCAAUACUUUAUAGAGCCACCUUUUGCAGCAAUUACAGCUGCAAGUCUCUUGGAGUAUGUCUCUAUAAGCUUGGCACAUCUAGCCACUGGGAUUUUUGCCCAUUCUUCAAGGCAAAACUGCUCCAGCACCUUCAAGUUGGAUGGGUUCCGCUGGUGUACAGCAAUCUUUAAGUCAUACCACAGAUUCUCAAUUGGAUUGAGGUCUGGGCUUUGACUAGGUCAUUCCAAGACAUUUAAAUGUUUCCCCUUAAACCACUCAAGUGUUGCUUUAGCAGUUUGCUUAGGGUCAUUGUCCUGCUGGAAGGUGAACCUCCGUCCCAGUCUCAAAUCUCUGGAAGACUGAAACAGGUUUCCCUCAAGAAUUUCCCUGUAUUUAGCGCCAUCCAUCAUUCCUUCAAUUCUAACCAGUUUCCCAGUCCCUGCCGAGGAAAAACAUCCCCACAGCAUGAUGCUGCCACCACCAUGCUUCACUGUGGGGAUGGUGUUCUCGGGGUGAUGAGAGGUGUUUGGUUUGCGCCAGACAUAGCGUUUUCCUUGAUGGCCAAAAAACUCAAUUUUAGUCUCAUCUGACCAGAGUACCUUCUUCCAUAUGUUUGGGGAGUCUCCCACAUGCCUUUUGGCGAACACCAAACAUGUUUGCUUAUUUUUUUCUUUAAGCAAUGGCUUUUUUCUGGCCACUCUUCCGUAAAGCCCAGCUCUGUGGAGUGUACGACUUAAAGUGGUUGCACCAGAUCUUAUUUAGGGGCUUCAUAGCAAAGGGGGUGAAUACACAUGCACGCACCACUUUUCCGUUAUUUUUGUUAAGAUUUUUUAAAAACAAGUUAUUUUUUUCAUUUCACUUCACCAAUUUGGACUAUAUUGUGUAUGUUCCUUACAUGAAAUCCAAAUAAAAUCAAUUUAAAUUACAGGUUGUAAUGCAACAAAAUAGGAAAAACGUCAAGGGGGAUGAAUACUUUUGCAAGGCACUGUACUUUGGCUGCAUCCCCAUGCGAGGUUACCAUGACUCAGGCAUGGCGUAAUCGAUUUGUGGGUGAAAUUUUUUAAAGCUUUUACCAUCCCAACUUAUCUCUGGGAGACAGGGUUGGCAGAUUGAUUACAGUGUGAGUGUGUAUAUAUUUAGAUGCUGAUACCUCAUAGGCCUGUAAAUCAACCGUGAUGACCGCCAUUUUGGCACCAAAUGGCCCCUAGAAACAGGAUGUGCAUAUUGACACGCUUUCCAAGCAAUCAUUUAAAUUACUGGCUGCAGUAGAGCAGAGUCUCCGAGUUCUAGCCUUUUUGGAAGAUGAGGGAAUAGGGAUAUCAAGUAUGAUCAUGGGCUUAUAUGUGGAUGAGACCCAAAUGCAGAUGGGGUGCUUUGAGACAGUUUUGUGGCUUAGUUAGAUUCUUAGAUUGUUAUAUUCAGUUUCGUGGGCGGAUGGUUAAAACACCAAAAGACAUUCGGCUCUGUAUAGAAGUGUUGGGAAGAGACAACGCAUUUGUGCACAUUUCCCUUUUUGGCCGGCAUGCUUGUGUAAUUGGCGAAAUCCCGAUGGCUGAGUCGCUCUUCGUUGACCCCAGGGGGGCCCCUGCUGUGUGAUGUCAUGGCAUGAUGUGGAAUCGAUCAUCGCAGGAUGUCAGUCCCAAACACCCGGGCUUCUCCAACUAAAAUCUGUUUAGGAUCUCCGGCGAGCAGUUUCAAGUAAACAGUGAGAAAACUGUUCAAACAAAGAUGUUUGGCAUGGCCCCUGGUUUGAUUAGCUGCAACAUGAACUACUGCCAGGAUUAUGGCUAUGUGGUGCAAAAAUAGACAAGGGCCAUGUCCUCACUGAUACUGCCAGUGUUGAAUCUAGUGUUUGUAUCCAACAGAUAAAUACUUCUCUUUAUUCACUUAAUUUCUCUAUAAACUUGAUAUCAGGCUGAAGAUGUAUUUACUUUGUGGUAACCGGACCAUAUAUGCUGGUUUUUAAUGACUGUUCUCUUUCUCCUUCUCUUUCUCUCUUUCCCCUUAUCUUUCCACAGUUAGCACUGAGGGGCCACCAUCUUGCUCGAAUGGCUGUGAGCGAUGUUCCGAAUACAAUGGCUGUAUAAAAUGUAAGCCCAAACUCUUCAUUCUCCUGGAGCGCAACGACAUCCGCCAGAUAGGCGUGUGCCUCGCCUCGUGCCCACAGGGAUACUUCGGCAUGCGGACUCCCGAUACCAACAGAUGCAUCCGUGAGUUUGGAUUCUUGGACUUCAUUGUUUGUUUUUUAAAUGCAUUGUGUCAUAAGUAGGGUGAGGAGUUCUUCGUGACUAUGAUGUGAACUGACCAGGAAAGCCCCAGUAAGAAGGUUUUCUAUAUUUGUAUUGACAUUUUUCUGUGUUGGACAAAACAAACCACAUUCAAUGAUAUUCAAGAUAUUCCGCAGUACAACAUGGAAAUCAUCACAAUGUGUCACCAUAAUAGUAAACACACAAUGGGCACUAAUGUGGUCCAGUGGUAAGUGAGGUGUAAUGGCCACUUUGAACUGCUGUGCCAUGUGUGGAAGGAGCUGUCUUCACCACAUGACCACAGUCACAGCAAUGACAUGCAACACAACAACACACUCAUAAAGACCAGCAAAUAGUAUCUGUCAAGCUGGAGAUGGGCCUUGAACUGAGACAUGGCAGGAGCAUUAUUGUUCUGUUGCAGUAACGUUCAGACAGUUUAAAGGUAGACUCAGCGGUAUGACAUACAGUGGGGAGAACAAGUAUUUGAUACACUGCCGAUUUUGCAGGUUUUCCUACUUACAAAGCAUGUAGAGGUCUGUAAUUUUUAUCAAAGGUACACUUCAACUGUGAGAGGCGGAAUCUAAAACAAAAAUCCAGAAAAUCACAUUGUAUGAUUUUUAAAUAAUUAAUUUGCAUUUUAUUGCAUGACAUAAGUAUUUGAUCACCUACCAACCAGUAAGAAUUCCGGCUCUCACAGACCUGUUAGUUUUUCUUUAAGAAGCCCUCCUGUUCUCCACUCAUUACCUGUAUUAACUGCACCUGUUUGAACUCGUUUUCCUGUAUAAAAGACACCUGUCCACACACUCAAUCAAACAGAAUCCAACCUCUCCACAAUGGCCAAGACCAGAGAGCUGUGUAGGGACAUCAGGGAUACAAUUGUAGACCUGCACAAGGCUGGGAUGGGCUACAGGACAAUAGGCAAGCAGCUUGGUGAGAAGGCAACAACUGUUGGCGCAAUUAUUCGAAAAUGGAAGAAGUUCAAGAUGACGGUCAAUCACCCUCGGUCUGGGGCUCCAUGCAAGAUCUCACCUCGUGGGGAAUCAAUGAUCAUGAGGAAGGUGAGGGAUCAGCCCAGAACUACACGGCAGGACCUGGUCAAUGACCUGAAGAGAGCUGAACCACAGUCUCAAAGAAAACCAUUAGUAACACACUACGCCGUCAUGGAUUAAAAUCCUGCAGCGCACGCAAGGUCCCCCUGCUCAAGCCAGCGCAUGUCCAGGCCCGUCUGAAGUUUGCCAAUGACCAUCUGGAUGAUCCAGAGGAGGAAUGGAAGAAGGUUGUGUGGUCUGAUGAGACAGAAAUAGAGCUUUUUGGUCUAAACUCCACCCGCCGUGUUUGGAGGAAGAAGAAGGAUGAGUACAACCCCAAGAACACCAUCACAACCGUGAAGCAUGGAGGUGGAAACAUCAUUCUUUGGGGAUGCUUUUCUGCAAAGGGGACAGGACGACUGCACCGUAUUGAGGGGAGGAUGGAUGGGGCCAUGUAUCGCAAGAUCUUGGCCAACAACCUCCUUCCCUCAGUAAGAGCAUUGAAGAUGGGUCGUGGCUGGGUCUUCCAGCAUGACAACGACCCAAAAUACACAGCUAGGGCAACUAAGGAGUGGCUCCGUAAGAAGCAUCUCAAGGUCCUGGAGUGGCCUAGCCAGUCUCCAGACCUGAACCCAAUAGAAAAUCUUUGGAGGGAGCUGAAAGUCCGUAUUGCCCAGCGACAGCCCCAAAACCUGAAGGAUCUGGAGAAGGUCUGUAUGGAGGAGUGGGCCAAAAUCCCUGCUGCAGUGUGUGCAAACCUGGUCAAGACCUACAGGAAACGUAUGAUCUCUGUAAUUGCAAACAAAGGUUUCUGUACCAAAUAUUAAGUUCUGCUUUUCUGAUGUAUCAAAUACUUAUGUCACGCAAUAAAAUGCAAAUUAAUUACUUAAAAAUCAUACAAUGUGAUUUUCUGGAUUUUUGUUUUAGAUUCCGUCUCUCACAGUUGAAGUGUACCUUUUGAUAAAAAGUACAGACCUCUACAUGCUUUGUAAGUAGGAAAACCUGCAAAAUCGGCAGUGUAUCAAAUACUUGUUCUCCCCACUGUAGAUGCAGAAAGUAAACAGCAAAGUGGGUAAAUUUCUGCAACAACUAAGAGCGUUGAAUCAUGAGGCUCAACCUCUGCUGUUUUGGUGGCCUGGCUACCAUGCUGUGAACAGCGUGAAGCGAACCCGUGCACAUGCGCAGAUACUGUGUGUGACUGUGUGAGAGCGAUCAUCAUCUCAAUAUCUGCAGUGCUGCUCAUGGUCAUUUUGCUGAGUCUGCCUUUAAAGACCAACUGAACCAAAAAAGGACCUUAAAUAAUAAAUAAUAAAUAAUAUGCCAUUUAGCAGACGCUUUUAUCCAAAGCGACUUAGUCAUGCGUGCAUACAUUUUUGACACCUUCUAGUGUCAAAAUUGACUACAAAGUGUAAAUAGGAUAAUUUUGGUCAUAAAGUCAGUCUCGACCAAUACAGAGAUUUGCGAGAUGAUUAGGGGAAAAAAUGUAUGUCACGGAAUUAAGCUGUAAUUCCCAUGGUAAAUUUGGUUUGACUUUGGAUAUCCCUAUCAGUAAAUUACACAAUGUAUUUUGAACAUUUCAAUAGCUCGAAAUGUCAAUGACUUAAAAACCUCAAACCGACUUUAAAUUGUAGAAAUUCAUAUACAAAUAUUGAAAACAUUUAAUGAGAACUAAAAGUUGUGCAACAUGAAAAUAUUGUCCCAUUUACAUUGUGUAAUUUAUUGAUGAUCCCUAACUAGCCCAUGACAUAGACUAUCCAGUCAAACCACUUUUUCAACGGUCGCACACCAGCCGGCUGAAGCUAAUUGGCGAAAGAAGUUGGCUAGCACUAGCUAGCCUAGGCUAAUUCCAGACACAAGACCUGGUUAGACUGUUUCAAGUUAUCUAGAAGGGUGAGUGACUGUAACUGUGUACUGUUUUGAUAGAGUAAAUGUACUAACACACACCCACAUUAAACCACACCCACAAGACAACUCUCGUUUGGCUUCAGUCAUGGCAGCUGCAUUUCUUAAUGAGCAAGCUGAAAAACUGAGAACAAAUCAGUAAGUCCAGCCCCCCUUUAAGUGGUGUGGGGUGAAAGAGGGUGGAAUAGGGUUGGUAUACAUGUGUAAUGUUUACAAAACUCCCCCAUGCUGGUUCUGGUGGCACAAACACCUUUUUUCUGAACCAGGUGUGCCAAGAGCCUGGCUCGUGGUCAGUUUUCUCUUACUUGUGGGUGGAAAACAGGAAUGGAAGAAACUCCAAACAAAAACAUUUCUAAUGCACUGUUGUUUGUCUGUUUUUUCAAGGAUGUCUAUGUUUUUAUUUGGCUCGCUAGCCAGGGGUUCAUGCCAGUUCACAGUCCAUAUUUGUUGAGUUUUACCAUUUAUGUAUCAAAACAUCCAUAAAAAAAAAAAAAGUAAAUUAAUAUUUUCUGGACACAACUGAGUUAUUCAUUUUGUAAGUUCCCCUGUGAAUCAUACAACUAAACUUGGCUCUCCAAUGGUAAAUUAUAUCAACUUCUCAUUUUUGAGGAAAGUGCGUAUGAUGAAAGGCAAUUAGAGCGCAAGGCAGCUUGUAGUCAUUAUAUUCUGUUACAGGAAGAACAUGCAGGCUGUUUUGGUGUAUGCAAGUUGUUGUUUUGUUAGAUAUGCUGUUGCAACAUCAUUUAAUACCAGAUGUCUGUAAUGUUUUUUUCAUAAGGUACAUGUCUUUUGAAAACAGAAUCAUAAGUCAUGUUCAUUAGUCACCAAACUGAAGAAAUCUGACUGAAAAUGGGAGGGAAUACCUGGACAUAAUAAACAUUUUAGUUUUCUGUUGCAAAACAUUUUUAAAUGUUGUCCGUUGCAUGCCCUAAUGAACAUGACCAAGAUUUGCUAGUAGUCUCGACACAAACAGUAGUGUCUUGUGGUUCUCCAUACAUACUGAAGCGUAAGAAGCACUUAUUGAUUUCUUUUGAACAGUGUUUCCCUACUGCUUAACCCCGGUAUUUUAUAGCCCUUAUAUUGAGAGGAAGAUGAGAUAGCAUACAGAUUUACACAGCUCCGCCUGGAGGAGUUGUAAAUGUCCAAAUGCCUUCGCAGCAGAGAAGCUUAUUGUCAAUCUGCAGAAGAAGUUUGGGGUUGGAAUAAGUGGGGCUGGUAUGUGUGAUACUCCUCAUUCCAGCAACAUGGACUGAUUAUAGGGGCCUGUUCAAUAAAACAAGAGUUAUUACCCCACAUAGCGUUGUUUACACAUGUAGCUACCUGAAAUCACAUUACAAGAUACAGCAUGAGGAUCCUCCUGAAUAUAUUGGCCUCAGUGCAACUUUGUAAUAUAAUGCAACAUUGAGCAUACUUCAAGACAUGUAUAGUGAACUACAGUAUUUGAAAUAGCCUGACAAACAUUUGUACAUGUACUGUAUGUGAACAUAAACACAGGGCCAUAACCUCAGAGCAUGUCUGUUUGCUAGGUACUCAGGAAGAAGGUUUGGGAGAAGAGUCCAAUUUGGAUAAAAACAACAACAGUUUUGUCUCACUCUAAUCCCCACAUUUUUGUUAAUGUUUUACUGUCACUUGAAAUUAACUUUACCUUAGCCGUUAUUGUUUCAAUGUUGUCCACUGCAUCCUGAAAGGCUGCUGUGCAUGCUGGUUAGUCUCCUCCACCUCCUCCUCAAGCCUCUCCGUGGCUAACCUGCUGUUAUUAUCCAGUCAGCCGCUUCCAUUUAGGACAUAUCGAAAUCCCCAAGAUGUCUUGUUAGCAACAUUUGUUUUACAUUAGGGCUACAUUUGUAAAAGUAUUUGCUCCAAACAUCACUAACGUCAAAUUUAGCUGUCAAGAGUUUAAAGUAAUAAUUGAGGUUAGGGCAUUAAAAUCCCAACAAGGAUUCUUCCCUUUAGCUCGUUUCCAACUCCUGGCAAGACUCCAGCCGACUAGACAUUCUUUAUUUUAGUUGUUUAUGGGAAAGGUGUCUAGUGUUUUGUGACUGGAUUUUCACAGAUAUUCCAACCCAGAGAUGUAAGGAUUACAUCUUUGACCUUCGCUUAGCGUGCCUCUGUUUCUACACUCUGGUUUUGGCAGAGAAAGUGUUAGCAUUUCAGAAUAAGGUAAUGAUGGUAAUGAAAAUGGGGGGGCUAGGAGAAGGGUUGGGAUGAGAAAAGGGGGUUAUUGGUAGUCCUCUAAGGUGUCUGUUUUUCAUUCUCCCGCGCCCAUAAUUACCCCCAAUUUAAAGUAGUUGUUUGUUUGACUGGAGAAGCUGAGUUUGUAACGAGACAAAGGUGCGUGGAGAACUCUGGAAAUCCGCUGACGUGCUCUCUACUCUUGGCCCGUACCCGGCCACCCGCUUUCCAAAAAAUAUAGCCGUGGUAUGCAUAUGCUUUUAAGUCAUGGGUGUUAUUCAUGCAAUAUCCCCCCGAAGAGUCUCUCCCCAUUGUUUUAUCACUAAUAAAUCUCUCAUAGGAAAUAAAAAUCAGGCAACAUUCUUGUCCUCCCCCGAGGAGAAGAGGAUCCUUUAGUGCAGCAGAAAUGCUUCACAUUUUUUAAAACAUACUUUGCUGUUUUUGUAUAGUAAUACUGUAUUAUUCUGUAUUAACACUGAAGCUUGAAGCCAGAACAAUGAACAGUGAUGUGUUAUGCUGUCUGUUAAUGCAAACUGUACAUGUAUACUAUGUUAACACAAUGAAUAUGAACUAAACUAAGUAUGCUUUGAUUUUCUCAUUCUCUCCUCUGUUUGACUCAUGUUUCUUUUCCCCUUUUCCUUUCAGAAUGUAAAAUAGAGAAUUGUGAGGAGUGUUUCAAUCGAAAUUUUUGCACAAAAUGCAAGGAGGGUUUAUAUUCACACAGAGGGCGAUGUUACCCCAGCUGCCCUGAAGGCCUCAGCACCACCAACGGGACCAUGGAGUGCGUAGGUGAGUGACCUCUCACCUCUGACCUCUCUUCCUUUCACUCCCUGCCACAGCUUCACUCACAGCUGACACUGAACUGGAUUAUGAAGUAUGUGUUUAAGGGCAUAUUGCCUUUUGGCACAUAUUAGCUUUUGAAUAAGAUGGCUAAAAUGUUAGUUCACAAUCUUAAUGGCUAAGAGAAUAUUACUGUACGUCCCACACUACCCAUACAUUGAGUAUUAAGCAUAUUAAGUUAAGUGUUAGGCUACCUUUCAGAAUUGAAUGGUGAUGAAUUUGAGUGGUGAGAGCCUGUCACAAAGUCUUAAAUGUUUCUCAGGUGUGGGCUGCAUAUUUGACCCCAUAACAUACCCCGUUCACCCUAACUCAUCACACAUGGUAUCCUAAAUACCCUUCAGCUAUCAGCAGCCAAGUAUGUUCUGCCUGUCAGAUUAAUAUUGCCUGCCAUAUGAGAGUUCAGAUCAAGACUUCCGUGGAGAAGAAUUCCGUGUUCUGUUGAGCUCUCCUCCUCCUCUGUUCUUUUUCUUCUUUCUCUUUCUGCUGUUUCUCAAUCACCAGCGAGCGAGCUGAACUUCGGAGGGAGGGCUGCUGGAUGAUAAGGAGAGUUUUAUUGAUUUCUUUUGAAGUUAUUUCUGUCACACAGCAAAUUGAGCACAAAUGGCAUUACUCUGCAAGGCUAGUGCUAGCCACCUGACUCCUCAGAGAGGAGCUCUCAACCCCCAGGUUGACAUUCUGGUAUUGCCCCUGCUCCCUUACCUUUCACCAAGCGCUCAUUCCAGCCGCUCUUAUCAUAUAUAUUCUCUAAUUUCCGUCAUUGUUUUUGGCAGCAUCAAGUUUGCUUGCUUCACCCCCUCCCACCCCCCAAACGUUCACAAAAAAGUCCAAAUAUUUUCCCAAAAAAGGUUGAAAUUCUCCCCAUGAUUGAAACCAGCUCUUGACAGAUGGAGUCAUGACUUAAGCUCAACAGCAUGUUACUAGGGGUAAAACAGUUGAGGUCUCCAGAUAAACUGGACAGACUUGGUAACAUAGAGGCUUUGGGCUUGACAAGGCCAAAUUAGUGAUGUCUGAUUUGGGCAAGAUAUGUUCCUCUGCAUUACUUUCUCACUGUGAACAUGUAAGACCUGUUGAAAUCUAAAGCUUACUGGGUUUCACUUGGGGCUUGUUGCAUGUGUGUUCUAUGUGUGUGCAUCUGUUCUCCCACUUAAAAAGAUGAGAGAGGCCUGUAAUUUUCAUCAUAGGUACACGUCAACUAUGACAGACAAAUUGAGAAAAGAAAAUCCAGAAAAUCACAUUGUAGGAUUUUUAAUGAAUUUAUUUGCAAAUUAUGGUGGAAAAUAAGUAUUUGGUCACCUACAAACAAGCAAGAUUUCUGGCUCUCACAGACCUGUAACUUCUUCUUUAAGAGGCUCCUCUGUCCUCCACUCGUUACCUGUAUUAAUGGCACCUGUUUGAACUUGUUAUCAGUAUAAAAGACACCUGUCCACAACCUCAAACAGUCACACUCCAAACUCCACUAUAGCCAAGACCAAAGAGCUGUCAAAGGACACCAGAAACAAAAUUGUAGACCUGCACCAGGCUGGGAUGACUGAAUCUGCAAUAGGUAAGCAGCUUGGUUUGAAGAAAUCAACUGUGGGAGCAAUUAUUAGGAAAUGGAAGACAUACAAGACCACUGAUAAUCUCCCUCGAUCUGGGGCUCCACGCAAGAUCUCACCCCGUGGGGUCAAAAUGAUCACAAGAACGGUGAGCAAAAAUCCCAGAACCACACGGGGGGACCUAGUGAAUGACCUGCAGAGAGCUGGGACCAAAGUAACAAAGCCUACCAUCAGUAACACACUACGCCGCCAGGGACUCAAAUCCUGCAGUGCCAGACGUGUCCCCCUGCUUAAGCCAGUACAUGUCCAGGCCCGUCUGAAGUUUGCUAGAGUGCAUCCAGAAGAGGAUUGGGAGAAUGUCAUAUGGUCAGAUGAAACCAAAAUAGAACUUUUUGGUAAAAACUCAACUCGUCGUGUUUGGAGGACAAAGAAUGCUGAGUUGCAUCCAAAGAACACCAUACCUACUGUGAAGCAUGGGAGUGAAAACAUCAUACUUUGGGGCUGUUUUUCUGCAAAGGGACCAGGACGACUGAUCCGUGUAAAGGAAAGAAUGAAUGGGGCCAUGUAUCGUGAGAUUUUGAGUGAAAACCUCCUUCCAUCAGCAAGGGCAUUGAAGAUGAAACGUGGCUGGGUCUUUCAGCAUGACAAUGAUCCCAAACACAACGCCCGGGCAACGAAGGAGUGGCUUCGUAAGAAGCAUUUCAAGGUCCUGGAGUCUCCAGAUCUCAACCCCAUAGAAAAUCUUUGGAGGGAGUUGAAAGUCCGUGUUGCCCAGCGACAGCCCCAAAACAUCACUGCUCUAGAGGAGAUCUGCAUGGAGGAAUGGGCCAAAAUACCAGCAACAGUGUGUGAAAACCUUGUGAAGACUUACAGAAAAUGUUUGACCUGUGUCAUUGCCAACAAAGGGUAUAUAACAAAGUAUUGAGAAACUUUUGUUAUUGACCAAAUACUUAUUUUCCACCAUAAUUUGCAAAUAAAUUCAUUAAAAAUCCUACAAUGUGAUUUUCUGGAUUUUUUUUCCUAAUUUUGUCUGUCAUAGUUGACGUGUACCUAUGAUGAAUAUUACAGGCCUCUCUCAUCUUUUUAAGUGGGAGAACUUGCACUUCCUCUUUUGUAUCCCUCCUGUAGAAUGUGAACUGGGCGAAUGGAGCCCAUGGGGUCCCUGUAUGAAGAAGAACAAGACUUGUGGCUUUAAGAAAGGCACACAGACCAGAGUGCAAGAGCUUCUUCAGGCCCCCAGCCCUGACACAGUCUCUGCAUCCUCCCCCCGGCCCUGUGCUCCACAGACUGAGAGACAGAAGUGCACAGUGCAGAAGACCCCAUGUGGAAAAGCAGGUAAGGACUAAAACAUACCUACAGUAGGAGAGUGGUAAUGAGAGGAAAUAGAGUGAAACAGAUAAUGAAUAUAUGGAUGGAUAAAAGACAGGAAUGAGACCGUAGAUUAAAGAUUACAAAAGAACAGUUCAACACAACUGCAGAGUCAAUAAUAUUGUGAUUAGCACUCCCUGCUCUAAAUAAGAUUUUUUUUCUAGUCAAUAUUAUAAAUGUCCAAGGCAGUACACAACACUGCCUUGGACCUCAAAAGUGUUGGUUCAGUAAGGACACUGAGGCUCUGACUGGGAACCAUGUAAACAAACAGUCCUAAAGAGCCAAACAGGCAAGGCAGAUGGGAGGGUGCUAUGCAGUGCACCGCGGUGUUGGACAACGAUUAGAGCUGGAGUUGGACUGUUUGUUUUGAAGCCCAGCGAGGCGCGAGGUUUACACGGCUCUGACAUAUUUGCUCUAGCUCUUAUCAGUCAUCUGCCAUCUUGUUUCAGAGCUGGCUAAUGUUGCUAAGCUAGCAAUCUGCCUGGUAACACUCAAUUUGAUAACAGCUUAAUCAUGCUCUCAUUAGUAGUAGUUGGUAUUGUAAGAUGGAGUUUAUUCAAGUAGUCGAGAAACCAAAAGGCCUCUCCUUUGGUCAGUAAGUUUUAAUGAACUCUGCCUUAUAAAAUAAAAUGGACCAGUCAAAACUUUAUUGACCAGCAUGGCUGGGAUGCUUAGCUUUGUGAUUGACCCAAUAAAAAGGUAGAGAAAGGUUUGGAGUCGAUUUGUUAAUGUUGAUUUGAAGUGAAAGGAGUUGUUUUGUAUGGCUUGGAUCGGCUGACAACGGUGGGCCCUAUUUGGCCGCUGUUUCUAUUUCCUAGUUUUCCCACUGUAAUUCCUGGUUUUAAUCCACGUGAAUAUUUUAUUUGGCAGCUAAUUAAUGUACAUGUUGAAUCAAAGUUGGAAGCGUCCAUUUCUUUACAAGGACUUAGUGUGCAGUAAACAAGCACUAUUCCCAAACUUUAUGAGCGGGUGGUACGCUUAUGGGAUUUCAGGGCUGAUACUAUUUUGAGUAACAGCUUUCAACAAACGUCAGUUUACCCAUUGUAAAGAAUCAAUGAAGAAUCAUGUCGGUUAUGCAAUAUGUAACAGAUGGAAUGCCUAAAAAUGCACACAGAAACAGCAUUAUACAACAUUAGAUGUAGAAAUCCUUAGAGGGAGGAUAUAUACGAGCUCUUGCUUGUAAUUCUUCAGGGAGGAGUGGGCUUGCUUCACACUGGACAGGACCAGGACAGCACUGUUUGAGAAAUAAGAGGCAAAUUUACACUGCAUGACGCCUGCAUCCUGGAAAGAAUUUCCACCAUGGAUUGAGAAGAGUGAAAUAUUAUAAACUGCCCCAUAAAAGUGUAGUGCCACAUGCCAAAUUUCUGAACUUAGCGAGCGCUGUUGUGAAAGGAGGGAAAAUGAGGGCAAGGGAUGCCGUGUUAGAACGACAGAGUGUGGUAUGUCAGGACUCAGGAGUCACCCGUAUCUUGAAGGAGAUUGAGACGUAUGAUGUGACUCCAGUUGUGACUGACAGUUUGACAUUGAGAGAUGUUAGCCAUUAGUGUCAACUUGUUUUCCUUAUUCUGGUGUCAGAAUACACUGUUGUGAAAAUGAGUAAGGCUCUCCCGUCAAGGCGCAUAACAAAUUAAUGUUCUUCUCAUGUGAAUUAACUCAUAGGCGAUGGGUAUCAUGACCUUGACUAAGCCCUUUUUCAUGUACAUAAAAAAACUUGCCAUGUGCUAAAUUAGCGUGGCCGCGAAUCCAUCUGCAAGACUUGGCCGACGGGGCCGCUGUAAAAAAACACAGGGGGCAGUGCUUGUAUAACACCAGUGAUUUACUGGUCUGCAGAUCUCACGCUUUGUGUCGAUUUGGCCACGCUCUCGCCUUUUCCUUCCUGUAGCUUUUUACAAAUGGGCCCGCAUGAAAACAGAAUUUGCUAAAUGCGUGAUUGCCUUUGUCAGGCCACAGUUGUUUAGCUUGGAUGGAGUGGAGCUGCAAUCAUGGCUGUCAUAAAUUGAUGGAGUCCCCCUCCAUUAGCGGGCUUGUCAGGGGUCUAAUUAAGACCUUACACAGUGAGAGCAUCAGCCCAGGUCCUGCUGUGCACACUCACACUAUGUAGAACGGCCCUUACUGUAACUCCAAAGGUUCACUGACUAUAGCACAUUACUCUAAACAGAAACGAAUGUCUUCCAAAUUCAAAUUGUCUCCAUUUUGUUUUCAUUAGUGGUAGAAAUGAAUCUCCCAGCAAUUGUUUAUUUACUCAAGGCAGGCAACACACGCAUACUUUACAAAGCUAGUAAUCAAGUCUUGUCAACACUCCCCUAAGAAAUGUGACACAGCCCCCAAUGUCAGGAGCCAACUGGCCAAUGGGGCCCUACAGUGACAGAUGCUUUAAUGACUUUGGCCCCUCGUGUCUCGAGAAAAGUAACAACUACUUCUAGUUAGUAGACUACUGUAUUGGGUCUGCCUCUGCCUGUUUUCUACCGAACAAAGGGAAAGAAACUGCACACCUGUGCUCCUGCCAGGUCCUCAUUAAAUAAAUGAUAGGAAUGCUUAUAAUAAUAAUAAUAAUAAUAAUAAUAAAAAUAUGGCAUUUAGCAGACGCUUUUAUCCAAAGCGACUUACAGUCAUGUGCGCAUACAUUUUUACGUAUGGGUGGUCCCGGGGAUCGAACCCACUACCCUGGCGUUACAAGCGCCAUGCUCUACCAAUUGAGCUACAGAGGACCACCUUAUUGAAACUCAUUAAUUUUCAGGGGUCUCUUUAUUCAAAAUAUGCGCCAUUAAAUACGUAAAUGUUUUCAGGUCUACUACCAAAUAGGGAUUUUCAUUGGUUUAUACCGAGAUACGUGUCUGGAGCAAAUUUGAGUAAUAUCGAGGCUUUUUGUCUUUGCGUACUUUCAAAUACACUCAAAUAAUAAACAAAUGACUUAGAAAACAAGUUAACAAAGCACGUGGUGCAGAAUGGAGGAAAUAGGCGAAGGCCUAUUACAACAAUAGUUAUAUAAUGUGUAAUAUAAUUAAAGCAAACGAACAAGAAUGCGCCAUGAGCCUCCUGUUGUCAAACAGUUAGCUAUAGCGAAUGCUGUCCAGCCCCCUUAGUGAGUGUUUUGAGUCUCUGUUUCUAAGGAACAUGGAGACUCAAUACACAAGUUCAUAGCAAACAUCCCUCAGCCUAACUGGCCAGUUUCCUCUCAUCGUGGGAGUACUCAUCAGCCCAGUAUAAACAACCACUGUCUGACACCUGACACAAACAUCCAUUCCCGUUUUUAUGUGCGUGAAAGGUUGUUCACACCCACGCCUGCGCGAACACACGAGCAAGCCACAUACACGCUAUCAUUAGAGCUGCAACAUGUUAACCUCAUUGUGGUGUAGUGGCGUAGCACAAUUUACAUCAACAAUGUCAAGAGGAUGUCAAUGAGUGCUCGUAUAUUGAACAAUCUAUAGCUGUAUGUACAGGACAUGAAGGACUCUUGCACUCCACUUCAACAGUGUUGAUUUACUUUAAUUCCUCUGUUUUAUCCUCUCCUGAACGUUUUUUUCCAUCCCGAGUUCCUGGAAAGCUACUCUUAAUGGAUGUUUGUAUUUAGGGAGCAAUUAUGCACUUAAAAUGUGUGACAGGUGGGAGUCCAGACACAACAGCCUGCAGCGAGAGUGAGAGAAAGAGGAGGGGAAGACGAGGUAGAGUAGAGAGGCAAGGCAGACAUUGAGAAACGUGCUCACCUCGACCGGUUCCCAACUGUUUACAUGAACUAUUAUGUUCCAUCAGCCAUUGUCUCUGCGAGUGUUAAGACGUGUCCGGCUCGGAGUCGCGGCCGCACUCCUCACAAAGGAUUAUUGUUUUCCGGCCUGUCGUUAUGGCGCUGCUGUGUGUUACCUGUCAGCCCGAUGCAGCACUGUGUUGCGUCAUGGUGGCAUUUACGAAUGGCUCUGGAUCCUGAGCUGAGCCAUGGGGCGGCGCACAAUUGGCCCAGCGUCGUCCAGGGUAGGGGAGGGAAUGGCCGGCAGGGAUGUAGCUCAGUUGGUAGAACAUGGCGUUUGCAACGCCAGGGUUGUGGGUUCGAUUCCCACGGGGGGCCAGUAUGAAAAAUAAAAAAUAAUGUAUGCACUCACUAACUGUAAGUCGCUCUGGAUAAGAGCGUCUGCUAAAUGACUAAAAUGUAAAAAAUGUAAUGUCUGGGGCUUAGCGGUGAUUAGCUAGUAUUAAAAGGGCCUAAUAGGAAGCCAGGAACUGGGGUAUCCACACAAUGCCCCUUGUCUUCCACUGUUGUGCCACUGAGCACCAUGUUGUGAAUAUGGGCUAAUGUCAAGGUCUACCAAGCUCAUUCUGACUCUACUGUACUUAAAACACACACCAAAACCAUCAAAGGCCUGUUUAUAAAAGCUGAGACCAGCUAUCCUGUUAUUUUGGUGUCGUAGUCGUGUUAUAAUGCGUUUUAAUCUGUUUUAUUUCUCUCUCUAUCCAGAUGGGAAUAAGAAUAAGGGCGAGCGACGCGACCAGCAGAGGAGGCGAGACAAAGAAAACGUCCGAGGCCAUGGCCACGAGGGCAAAGAGGGUGGCAAAGAGGGUGGCAAGAAGGGUGGCAAAGAGGGAGGAAAAGAAGGAGGCAGAGAGGGUGGCAAGGCAGGCGGCAGGAGGAAAAAGGGCCAAAACCAGGCCACCACCGCCCCUAGCCUUACCCCUAGCACUGUAAUCUAG